AACGUUCAAAACUUGGUUGAACCCAAAAAAAAAAAAUAUAUAUAUAUAUACCUAUUCAAAAUUCUUUUCAAUAUCGGCACAAAAAUAUUUGCUUAAAUUUUUGGCCGCCUGCACAGAUUUGUUCACAUAUCUCUAGAUGCCGCGUCAACGCUCCAAUGCACCGCCCAAGAGCGGAUAUGCCAGAAGCCGCAGCAGUAGCGCCAGCAGCAGUCGCAGUGGUUUUACUCCAUUCACCAGCGGUUCCAAAAACAAGAAUCUUCCAGCAGUGCAGCCCAACAAGGCAGAGACAAAACCGACACCGGCUCCAGCUCCAGCUCCAGCUGCAGCGCCCAGCUCUGGGCGCUCCACAGGCGACGUGAUGAAGGAUAUGGCAGCUACGGCAGCCGGUGUCGCUGUUGGCUCUGCCGUGGGCCAUGCUGUAGGCGCUGGCAUCACAGGUGCAUUCAGUGGUAGCGGCAAGGCGACGGUAGCGGCAGAGCAGCCGGCAGCUGAACAGCAACGCCAGAGCGAACUGGUCGAAGAGGGUCCCUGCGCCUUCGAGAUACGCCAGUUCCUGAAGUGCAGCGAGGAGAACACUGAUCUCAACGUCUGCCGUGACUUCAACGAGGCCAUGAAACGAUGCCGACAACGCUACAAUACCUAAGCCUAGUCUCAAAAACCCAUAGAGAGAGGGAGCGAGACAGAGAGAGAGUAAAACAGCGAGUGAGAAAUGAGCUGAAGCAGAAACUCCACCAAUAACUGCGACCAUAUUUCGACUUCCGAUUGGACAUGAAAUUUGAAUUUAUAUCAUUUAUAUUGGAAAUUUGUUGCAAGUUGAUGCUUUAAUUAUAGCUGCAAGCAUUAUCCAAAUUGUCUGCCCUGGCAGCCAACGGUUCGCAAUUAAAAUAUUUUAUGUGUCGCACA